AUGGGCUACGCUGCGGCGGCAGGUAGGGAAGUCCCGUUAGCAGGUACAUACAAUGCACAAAGUGUCAAAAAGCCAUCUGCGCAAACGCAGCGUGAGGUUAUUAUGAAUAUAAGAGACCCCCUCACCGUACAGGACCUGAGAACUAUGAAUUCUAGCAACCUUCAAAUUGGCAAUGAAAACAUAGUCAACGUGAAGAUCGUCUCAUCUAAACAACUGAAGAGUGGAGAGCUAAGCAUCAAGACAGCAAGCAGCAAGGAAGUUAAGGCGCUACGACAGUUCGCGGACGACUGGGCCCACCGCAUAGGCAGUGGGACUACAGUGAAGGUCCCGACAUUCGGUGUCCUCGCACACGGCACUCGCACAAGCACGAUGGACAUGAGCAAGCUUGACGAGAUCAGAGCGCAGAUACUGCAGGACAACCGACCGUUCAUACCCCGGGCCGGGAUAAGACACAUAGGCUGGUUUACUAGAGAUGCUACCACCAAGACGGCAACAACUACCACCAUCGAGUUCACCAAACCAGAGGACGCCAACAAGAUCAUCGACGAGGGUCUGAUCUUGCAAGAGCCGCCAGUGCCCGACCAGAAAAGACGAGAUAGCCAAGGCAAGGACCGCGUACGAGAUGCGACCGCGCUACCACCCCGUUUCGCAAACAGCCGCACAAUUCGCGAGUCGACUACGGUCGUCUUACGCAAGCCAGGCAAAGGCGAUUACACGGCACCGAAGUCGUAUAGGCCCAUCGCAUUGAUAAACACCACAGGCAAAACUAUAGACGUCGUCAUAGCACGGCGACUCAGCUACCUAGCCGAGACCUAUCACGUCCUACCGCCGACACACAUGGGCGGCAGGAAGAUGCGCUCAACUAAGCACGCUCUUCACGCCGUGGCGAGUCUCUUGCUGCUCGAUGUCUCUAGAGCCUUCGUCCACGUCUCACACGCACGCCUGCUUCACAAUCUGCGGAAGAGACGGGUAGACAAGAAAACAGUAAAGUGGAUCGCAGGCUUCCUCAGCAACAGACACACCAGCAUCGCAAUCGACGGCUUCCAGUCGACAGCAUACCAGAUCAACACAGGUAUACCCCAGGGCUCGCCGCUAUCGUCUAUCCUCUACCUCUUCUACAACGCCGAUCUGAUAGAUAAAUCUGACCAAGCGCCAGACGCCAUGUCCACAGGCUACAUUGACGACGUCGGCAUCCUUGCGUGGGGCCAGACGACAGAGCAGACAUGUAAGACACUGGGCAAGACUAUUGAGAAAGCACAACGAUAG